AGGUGACCCCGGUCAGAUAUACGUCAUUCUUCGACUUCGAGAUUGUAAAUGGGAGUCGGAAAUUGAAAACAAAUCUCACAUAAUUUCAGUUUUAUAGUUAUUACUAAAAUGGUUAGCUUGGACCAUGACAGUACAAGGCAAGGGGGCUUUUUCUUUGAUGGUGAAGGUGGUAACCCUUCAGCUGAUUUCCAGAAUGAUGACGAGGAACUGAUUCCAAGUAAUGGCCUGGCAUCGGAAGAAGCCCCAAAGUUUCGCCCAAUCAGAGCAGUUUGGGCGGCUGUCCUUCAGAUAAUCAUCCUUGUCGCCCAUGAGGUCAUAACCAUUCUCCUACCGUAUGUCAUCAUCAAGCAAACCUCAGACAUCCAGCAGCAGAGAUCCCAUAGCUUCAUCAUCAUCGUCUAUCUCCAGACGUGUGUCUGGCUUAUUCUGCUCAUGUUUGAGCGCUAUCUUCACUUUGCUCACAGGCGGUCCAUGCGGCAUGGCUACCUUCAGUUCUAUCGCAAGACGCAGAAAUUGAAAAGGGUUCCGCUCUAUAUGAUAUCAAUAGGUAAUGCAGCUAUAUUAGUCCUUUGUGGAUUCUUUAUGGAUAAUUCAUCAGCAACCCAUCUCUGGCCGGUCAUGUAUGCACAGAUCAUUGUAUCAAUAGAAGUCAUUCUCGCUCUAGCUGGUCUGAUCAGGUACAUGGUGCUCGUGUAUCGCUUCAACCAAACACAAUCUUUACCAGAUGUAGAACAAGAAGAAUUCAAUGCCUCAAUUACACAGCCAUCAGCUACAGUACCUGAUAUUGGAUAUAGGGACAUGGGCUAUUUGGAAAACUUACUGGAGCGGCAAGCAGACAUGAUCCACUAUCUCAAACUACACACUGCAUAUCUCAGUAAAAAGAUCCUACGGCUGACACGGCUGACACGGCUCACACAUCCGUCUGGUGGGAAUGCACUCAACAGUAUGCAAGCCUAGAUGUGUUUUCACCACAAACGUAAUUAAACUUACAUGUACCUGUACACUAACUGGUAUCUUUCUGAGAAUGGUAUUUAAAGCAUGUAAGUUUAGGCUGUUCACACUAUCAAAAGGCGAUACUUGAUGGGUAGAUUAUACAUGUACAUGUAGGUCUUGAGAUGAGCUAUAUCAUAGUCUAGAACGUUUUUGAUAGUACACAUUUGCUAUCCUUGCCAUUGCGCAAGUGAUAUAUGGUAAUGAAAUGUAUGUAGGUUGGAUAAUUUGUGCAUGACAAAUUCAUAUAAAGCCAAGGUACGCAUGAAAUAUAGUCAUAUACAUGUAUAGUAAUGGUAUCAGCAUGCAUUACUUUGACUCCUACAUUUCGUAUCAUAUUGGACUGACUUGAUGACACAACAAUGAGGGCGCUUGAUAAAUGUCAUUGAUACCCCAAUCUAAUAAAUUUAUUCAGCUCAUGCAAAUAGUUUGUCAAAUCGUAUAACACAUGCCUAUUGCUGUCAUAUAAAAUGUGCAUACAGAGAUUUAGAAUUUCUCUCAAGAAUUAUAUCCCUCUUGGAACUACACCCCCUCGUCACAUGUAAUCCACCCAAGAAAUGUAAUGAAUUGAAAUAUAAUUAUCAGGUAUUUAGAGCUUUUAAUCAAGUUCCCUUGAGUUACUUACUUUUUUCUGAUCUGGCAGAUGUGAAAAUGCCAUUUUAGGUGCAAAUGCAUGUCGAAAAGGGCAACUAUUACAAAAUUUACUAAUGUCAAGAAAUUUAAUUGUUCAUCAUUGUACAUUUGGAUGUUGAUAUGUAGUGUAAUGCCAAUUGUACUUGUCUAAAUAUCAUUCUCAUUUUUUUUAUUUACAGGGGGCGUGUAGUAUUCUCUGUUUUCUGUUUAAUAAAAGGAUGAAAUUGGAAAGAAACCUAUUGAAUUUUACUAUGUAUCUUGCUUGCUAUGAAGAUUCUAAAUCUAAAUUUGUGUUUUUGUUUGUAAAUGUUAUGUAUAUAAAACUAGCUGGGCUAGACUAUUUGAAAAUUCCAUUGACUGUGAACUCUCCCUUAUUGCUGCAUACAAAGAUUGCUGCAAUGCAUGGUAUUUCUAAUUUUGAUUGUUAAUCACACGCUUCAAUUAUUACUUCGAUUUUGAAGGCAUUCUUAUUUGCCCCUCCUGGGGCUUGUUUCAUAAAGACUUGUUUUGAUAAAAAUGCACAGUUUCUAUAACAAGUUUAUGAUCAGCCAAUCAAAUUGAAUUAUUUCAGUAGCUUUAAACUGUUAUUGCAAAUUGGUUAUUAUAACAAUUUUUGUUAAAACACCUUUGAGUUCUGAGAUUGCAUUCAGCUGCUUUUGUCCAAUCGCACACAAUUGCAGCCUAAGGCAACACAACUCAAUUAAAUGAUUUAAUUAAAUCAUUUAAUUAAUCAUCAAUUAAGUAAUAUGAAUAUGGUAUAUCUUCUGUGUAAUAUGAUUAUAAUAAUGUUAAUGUAUUGUAUGUUUGUGAUGGACCUGCCUGUGUUCAGAAAAGAACAAUGGACCUGGUAUAUUUGUCAACAUUAACUUUAUCUUGAAUUUAAUAAAGUCAUGAUUACAAUCAAAUUCGAGUUCAAUCCACAGACUAAUCUCAGGCUUUGCAUUCUAACCGGGAGUUUGAUAUUUUUUUCAAAUAUCAACAACUGAGCAAAACCAAAGAUUUAUAUGAGCAAAGACAAGUGGCGAAGAGUAUAUAUGGGCAAGGAUACACGAGGACGAGCAACAGUGAGCAGUCUACACAGGGAUAAAGUGUAGCAGUCUACACAGGCAGCAUGAUUUUCCUUGAAUUACCUCGAUUUAGCUCGCAUCACCUCGCUUUACUGCAUGAAACUUUGAAUGAGCUCCAACGAUCUCGUAGACAAAAGUGUGAUUACAAUUUACAACUGAAUAUUUUGCUGCGUUAGGAUGCGUAUUGAUGUUUUUUGGUUAACACAGCAAUAUGCAGCUUACAAUGUAAAGGUUUGAUGCAGGCUUGGUAAAGUUUUGUUAAAACAUACAUAUGCCUGGUACUGAUAAAAUGAAUGUGAGCAGAAAAUGUUUUUUAAUUAAUGGUGUUUGUUUAGUUUUGUUGGUCAUGAUCUUGUUUGUCCAUGAAUUGCAAUUCGUUUUGUACUUUAUUGAUUAGUUUGUUGAUUUUUGUGGUUCUCAAUGUUAUAAAUAACAAUAUUUCAUUUUUAUAUUGAAUGAACCUUAAAAGUAAAGUGCAUGUUAAAUUUGUGCAUGUUUUUUUUUUAUGUAUGAUGUCUGAUUUAUUUAUUUCCAUUUCAAUGUGAAGAAAAUUGUACAAAGUAGAUUUAUAUAAGAAGUACAGUAAAAAUAGUACAGAUGUUAAGCAUAUCAGUGUUUAUGAUAAGUAACGUCAAAGACAAAAGGGAGGGUAUGUUGCAAAAGAAAUGCUUGUAAAUUUUAUGUCCUAAGAACUUAGUUCAGCAAGAUAUAUAAACAUAUGAAUAGUGUUGGAAGUAAUACAUUGUGUUAACCUUGAUACAGAAAUAUUCAUAGCCGUUUUCUUGCAGCAAUUUUGUAAUAUGAAUGAAAUUUGUCUUUUGCUAAAAACCAUUAUUCAUAAAAAAAGAGAAUGUAAUUGUAAUUGUUUAAAUUAAUGAUAGCGGAUAUUGGAUGUUUUCUUUCGAAAAUAUAAAGAUUUAAUCAGUAA